AUGAACGAUUCAUUGGACAGAGAUUACAAGUCACAUCGGGUGCGAGAUAUUUUGGGUGGUCUGAAUCAGCAGCAGAGGGCUGCAGUUACUUUCGAUCCAACUAAGGCGUUACAGGUCAUUGCUGGUCCAGGGACAGGUAAGACAAAGGUUUUGACGUCAAGAGUAGCAUAUCUGAUACUACACUACAGGAUUGAUCCUAGAGAUAUAAUAGUUACUACUUUCACCAAUAAGGCUGCGAAGGAAAUGAAAGAUCGAUUGGCUGUACUGCUUGAGAAUACAGAAUUUAGGUCAUCUGAUAUAAUGAUAGGAACAUUUCAUAGCAUUUGUUUAAAGAUCUUAGCGAGGUUUGGUUCGCGAGUGGGACUGCAAGAAGGCUGGAGGAUAGUAGAUGAAAAAGAGAUUGAAGUAAUUAUGACUAAGAUGAUAGAAAAUAUGCCUGAUCAAAUUAGAGAUUACGCUCACUCGACUACGAGAAAAGUGAAUCUGUGCCUGCCAAAAAGAGAUAGUAAAUCAGAUUCUAAGAAUAAGUCGUCAGGGCCUAAUGAUAGUCCUGACUGGGAUGUCCAUCAGAAACUCAUAAAAAAGCAUAUUUCCAGGCUCAAAUCUAGUGCUAUACUGCCACAGGAAUACAAGGACGACUCAGCACAUGAUUCGGCACUCUCUCAUUUUUAUGAGUUGUAUCAAGACGAAUUGUUCAAGUUAAAUGCAUUAGAUUUUGAUGAUUUACUGAUGUUUACGUUUCGAUUGUUAACUGCAGAAAGAUGUCUGCCUUUUGUACAGCAUGUUUUCGUUGAUGAAUUCCAAGAUACAAAUAGUAUUCAGAUUGAUCUAAUGUUUCUACUGGCACGGGGGAACCACCACAUUUCUAGAGGUAUUACUGUAGUUGGGGAUCCUGAUCAAAGUAUUUAUGCAUUUAGAUAUGCACUAGCACACAAUUUCCAAGAGAUGUCAAAUAAAUGUCCAUUGGAGUGCUCACGGGUAAUACUUGUUGAAAACUAUCGUUCCUCACAAAAGAUUCUAGAUACUAGCGAGACAUUAAUUAAGCAGCAGCAAAAGGGUAGAGAACAAAGAUUACCGCUAAAGGCUCAGUUUACUUCCCAUAUUUUGCCUGUAUAUAUGAAUUUUCCGGCGUAUUUUUUAGAGGCGCCAUCGAUUGCCAGGGAGAUCCUAUACUUAAAAUCACUCCCUAACCUUUUUAGCUAUGACUCUUUUGCUAUACUAGUAAGAAAGAGAAGACAAAUCAGGAUGAUAGAAAAAAGUUUAAUAGAGUACCGAAUCCCAUAUCAAAUACUUAGAGGGCGAGCGUUUUGGGAAUUGAAGGAAAUAAUGGCUAUGCUUAAUAUAUUUAGAAUUAUGGUAUCGGAAAAUGAUGAGGAAGCUAUUAUUUCAUCAUUAUCAUACCCAAGCAGAGGUUUCGGAGAUACAUCUGCUGAAAGAUUAAGAGAAAUAUUUGCCAAAUAUACAGAUAAAACCAAGUUAGAGAUAUUGAACCUAAUUGCAAUUGGUCGCGUAUAUGUUGAUAUACCGAAGUCUGCUAGAGGAGUUGUUUCGGGCCUCUGUAAAUUGGUUGAAGAGUGUAAUAAAGAGAAUGGUCAAGAACUAUCUGUACGGUUAGUAAAGGUGUUUGAUUUAAUAUAUGAAAAGUCAGGUUUGAAACAUGAAUUUUUAUUCAAGGACGGCAAGAAAAAGGGUGAGAUUGACAUAGAUGGUGAUCCGAACCUCGAGAAUCCGCGUCAUAAAAACAUACAGUUGUUAAGAUCCUAUUUUGUUGAUACAGAAGAGAAUCAAGAUGACAGCAUGAUUAAUCAAGAAAACACUGCUCUUUCGAGCAUUAAUACGACUAAAUCCCAUGGUAUUUCCCUAGCAGACUACAUAUUACAAUUUUUAAACUCAUUAUCCCUUUUCGCAGGCGAAAAGACUGUAGCUACUACGGACGAUGGUAAUAAAGGAACGCUCGGGACAGUUACUGUUUGUACAAUUCAUGGUUCUAAAGGUUUGGAAUGGCCUGUUGUCUUUAUACCUGGUUGUGAAGAUAAUAAUAUACCAGCAAUAUUUUCAGAUGACAAGGACAAUACAUCAGAUAACGAAGAGGAAGGUGAUGGUGAUAACAAAGAGGAGUUAACAAAUAAGAAAUCACAGAACAAUAAUGUAGAGGAAUCGAUUGAUGAGGAAAGGAGAAUGUUUUUCGUUGCCCAAACAAGGGCAAAAUAUCUGCUAUAUUUAUCUUCCGUCACGGAUAUGGAUGCCGCUGUUCCUCGAGUACCCAGUAGAUUUUUAACGCAAGAGCUGCUCAAGACUACAGCGCCAUUUCAAAAGGCUUUGGUUGACUUUUCGGGUCUUAAAAAGCUAUAUAAUCUGGUUGGUGUUCAAUUUCCUACUAAUACCAAAAAUUUCUCAUUGAGUCAGUUAAUAAAAGACUAUAAGGCUUAUAUUGACGCUCGAAGAGAAAAGUUCUACUGGGGUGGAAAUAUAUUCAGAUUAGGAAUGAACCUCGAUCUAGCUAAAAAUGUCCAUGACAUGACCUCACUAAGGAACGAGUUCACUACUGCAUCAGAGCAUUUAAAAGCAACUGGUGAAUGGGAUAAGCAUGUUAACAAAAUGGUGAAUAAUGAUGCAAAAAAAAAGACCAAAACUGAUAUAAUGUCAAAAAUGAAACAAAUUAAGAAAGCGGAUGAUAUAAGUUCAAAUAGCCUGGACGCUGAAACUGUUCAGAAUACAGCAAUUGACCACUCUUUGAGUUUGAAUUCAAAUAUCAGGACGGAGAGGGGCUAUGGAAAAACAACCUCUAAUAACCAUCACGUAAAGGUUGAAGAGCAGGAUAGCCGCAAUUCUGGUGUCACCAGUAUUCAUGAUAAUGCUGCGCGUGUCAUCCCAUCUAAUCAAACAACAUGUCUUAAAAGAUCCAGAGAAGUUGUUCGUAAAAGACUGAUAAAAAGCGAGCCCAUAGAUAUUGUUUCAAAGGAAAGUAAAUACACAGAAGUGAUCAAACUUGAAGAUAAUGAUUACAAAGGUGACGAAGUUACAAAUAAAACUGCAUCUGAAUUACUACAUAACCCUUCAGAACUAAAGAUUGAUAAUCGUCCAAUUAUAGCAUCUGCUAAAAUACUCGCAGAUGCUGCUAGAAAAAGCUCGAAACUGCCAGUUAAGCAGGAAGGAAUUGGAGUCAAGAAGGAGAUGCCAAUUCUACAAGAUGAUAUUUUCUCACAACUAAAUAGGGCAAAAAAGAAAGCCAAACUGAAUGACUCUGACAUUAUAGUCAUUGAUUAG